AUGGCCCGCUUCAACUUGUCGUUCCUCGCUGUCUUCCUCGUGCUGGCCGCCCUGGCCAUGUCGCUGCCCACCAAGCGUAACGAGCAAGGCUCCGCGCUCGAUACUACGGCUGACUCGAUGGAGUCGGCCCCUAAGAUGAUGGAAGGUCUGGACACCCGCGACACCACCAAGACCAACCAGGCUUCGACCGAGGCUUCUGCUAUGGGAGACGAGAAGAAAGAUGAUGGCGACAAGAAACCCACCCAGACUGGUGGACCUUCCCGUACCCAGAAGAAGCCCACUUCUGGCAAGUUCGCUACUCCUACCCCGACACACACGAGCAAGGCUUCGUCCAAGCCCAACGCCCUGGGUAAGCUUCCCAUCGUUGGUGGGCUUCUGGGUGGCACUGGUGGUUCCCUGUAA